AUGUGGUCUCUGUCCUUCACUGCUGGGCUGGCCGCCACCUCUGUGCUUAUCACCACGGAUGAGAUACUCUGUGCCUCUUGUGCUAAGUCGCUUCAGCUGUGUCCGACUCUGCGACCUGUGGACUUAGCCCGCCAAGCUCCUCUGUCCGUGGGAUUCUCCAGGCAAGAACACUGGCGUGGGAUGCCAUGCCCUCCUCCAGGAGAUCGUCCUGACCCAGGGAUCAAACCCAAGUCGCCAACGUCUCCUGCAUUGGCAAGUGGGUUGUUUACCACUAGCACCACCUGGGAAGUUCGAAGUACAUACUUUGGCUGGGGAUUGAACUUGCAUCUCCCUCGUGGGAGGCAAGAGUUCUACCACUGA